AUGCAAUCCCUUCCACAGCUACACUGGCAGAGCCACUUUGCUGCCAUCCUGAAUGCUUCCCGCUUUUUUAUCCUCUGUUUCAUCGCUCUCCGUUUCCUUCCCACUUAUGCCGUGGAGACCAGCACUCUCACAUCCCCGGGCCAAGGCGCCUUAGCCCUUGUUGGACAGGACAACAACUUUUACGGGCUGCCAUUAAUUGGUAACUUGCAAUUUGGCUUUGGAAAUCAAGAUGAUCAAGAACAAUUCUCAGAGGUGCAAGUGCCUGUCGAAGCCCGCAGUGUUCGCCGCGAUCUUACAGCUCUGGGCAACAACCAGUUUAUGCAGAGCGGCAUUGGAGUAGGCGAGACUCAGUGGUGGUACUUUCCAAAAGAGUCUGUCAAUGGUAAUACAACUCAACUGGCGUCUGGAUCUCAUAGGCACACACCUAACAAGGACGUCGGCGGCUUCUGCGAUCGCUUUUCGAAAGGAGACGGGCUUUCUACGGUUUUCAUAUCUCUCACUACCUGUUUGAAGCCGAGCCUCAAUGUCACGAAUACUACGAGUCCACCCGACUUGCCGCAGCUAGAGCUCUACAUCUCUUUAUCGGAAUCUGUUCGAAUGCCUGGUCCUGGGGCGAAUACUUCGAGCCAAUAUUCUGUGCGAGCUCGUGAAGGUUACCUGUGCGCAGAUGUGGAAACUGAUGGUGAUAUCUAUAUUGGCGUUUCUGCACCCAACUCAACGACAUAUGCUGGAAUUUACGAAUACCAGCUCGCCGCCUCAAUAGAUGGUUUAUUCCACAGUGUAGUUGAGGAUGACAAUUUUCUACAUCUUAUUGAUUCGGAUGUAAAUGCCGCCCUUCUAGUGACGAACAAUCUGACUACCAGUGAUUCAAAUUCUGAGCAUUAUCAGCGAUUGAUGGGAAAUUCUCCCCCAUAUACGAUAUUCGCGAACAAUAUCAACGACACAGCCAUCGCUGGUUUGCAGCGGUCAUACUGUGCUUUAAAUCUACUUGCUCAGGUUCGAAAAGAUAGCAGGAAUGUUCAGGCCUCGAUGACAACGAGGGGUUUGGGAAACAAGCCGAAAGAGCAAUUCUAUAUUACGGGUCUUAACAGAAGUUCCACUUAUUAUGGGAUUGUGGCUGUUGAUGGUAAUUCGACUAAUUCGGGAAACGGCGUAAUCGGGGGCGGGGGCACGGUCUACAUGCCUAUGAAUUUCUCGACCAAGGAAGAUGACAAUUGCGCAGUUCUCUUUAAUCUGGAAUUCUGCUCUGAAGUCGCUUACGCCGUGCCAUCUAAUCCAUCAAUCGACGUCACAGAGUUGGGUGCGAUAUAUGAUAACCACACCGCUUUAUUCUACCAGAAUUUCAGUUAUUCCCUGCAGCAGAUCCAAUGUAAUUCCAGCGCUUAUGAUGCAUCCUCUAUGUGGUCUCUUGCCGUGAAUUGCAGCGACUGUGAGGCGGCGUACAAGGAAUGGCUAUGUGCCGUUACUAUUCCACGCUGCGCUGAUUUCUCGAGCGACCGCUCGUAUCUCCAAAUCAGAAAUGCUGCACAGCAAUUUAUCAAUGGCAGCUCCCUUGGCAAUAACACCUUACGACAGGAUCCUGCAACCAGUCGAUCCCGAAACCCGCGCAUCGACAGUAUGAUAAAACCAGGACCAUAUAAGGAAGUCCUUCCGUGUGAGGACGUCUGCUAUAACCUAGUAAAGAAGUGCCCUGCAGCCCUCAAUUUUGCAUGUCCUCAAGGUGACCUGCUGUCCAAGUCAUACGGCCAGCGGCUCUCGGACGAUGAUAUUACUUGCAGUUAUCUGGGAGCAGCAUAUAAUUUGAGCGCUGGUUGGACAAUUCAUGUUCAUGACCAUUUACGGCUUCUUUUGUAUACCUUGGGCAGUUUCUGGAGUUUGGUCUGGGUGUUGGUUAUGUGA